AUGACAAUUAUCACCGUCAUUGGAUCAUUAAACAAGGACUUAGUCACGUACACCAACAAGGUGCCGGGGGCUGGGGAGACGUACCAGGCCAACGCGUUCCAGACCCACAACGGCGGAAAGGGGCUUAAUGAGGCCCUUGCGACCGCCAAGUUGCUUCCAGUAUCAGCAGAUAUUAAAGUGCGCAUGGUGGGUCGCGUAGGGAACGAUUCCUUCGGCCAGGAGUUGAAAGGUUGUUUGGCGGACGCAGGCGUGGAUGUGUCGCAGGUCACCGAGGAGCCGCUUCCGUCUGGCGUGGCGGUUAUUUUAGUAGAGGCUUCUGGGGAAAACCGCAUUUUGAUCACUCCUGGUGCUAACGGAAAGCUUUCAUUGGAUGAGGCGGCGGUUGCGGCGAUUUUCCCGGUAUCCGAAGAGCCAGAGUUUGUGAUUCUCCAGAAUGAACAACCCGAUCCGGCGGAGAAUAUGAAGAUGUUGAAAAAAAAUAACCCCGCGGUGAAUAUCGCCUAUAACCCCUCACCGUUCUACGAAGUCUCGGAUCCAGCCGUGUUGGGCUUGGUGGAUGUGUUGAUCAUCAACGAGGGCGAGGCUGCAGACUUGGCAAAAUCCGUGUUAGCCGGGCCCGCAUUAGAAAAGGUGAAUGGAAAGAUUGGGUCUUCCUUUGUGGAAGGGUAUCUUGCGUUGGCUUCCCUUUUGGUUAAUAAGAUUAACGGAGAUAACCUCAACACUGUUGUGAUUACGCUCGGGGCCAAGGGUGCCAUCUACGCGAAUAUGGUCCACGGGGCCAAGUUUUACGCGGCUGAGAAGGUGGCGAAGGUUGUAGACACCACCGGCGCAGGAGACACGUUUUUGGGGGCUAUUGUGGGCCAGUUGGCGUUGGACCAGUCUAUCGACGACCUUAUGGCGUUUGCCUCCAAGGCAAGUUCUAUUGUCAUCCAGAGAGAGGGCGCCGCUGAAAGCAUUCCGACCCACGCGGAAGUUUUAGAGGCUAUGAAGUAA